GCCCGGGGCCGCCGCCCCGCGCUCUCUAUGGAUGUCAAGGCGGCCCCCAACGGGGUGGCCACCAUCGAGGACCGGAUCCUGCGGAUCACUGGCUACUAUGGUUAUUACCCGGGUUACUCCAGUCAGAAAAGUACCUCCAGAUCAUCGGUUACUCGAUGUAAACCAGGAGCCAACUGCCCCAGUUCACACAGUAGCAUCAGUAGACAACUGUCCCCUCUGUCUGUCACUGAAGAUUCUUCUGCUCCUAUUCUUGAACUUCAGAGUCGAGGAUCCUCUGGAGUUUGUGGACACAGAGCCGAGAGGCAGAACAGAUCAGGGGAUGAUGGAACACAGGCUCAUCCUGAGAAUGGCAGCCAAGAAAACAGAAUCAAGGCUCGCUGCCUCUCCUGCACGUCCGUGGUUCUGAAGGCCGUCUGGGGACUUUUGAUCAUCUUGUCAGUGUCAUCAUCUUGGGUUGGAACCACACAGAUUGUAAAAAUUACUUAUAAGAACUUCUACUGUCCAUUUUUCAUGACUUGGUUUUCAACAAACUGGAACAUCAUGUUUUUCCCAGUCUAUUACUCUGGUCAUCUGGCCACUGCUCAAGAAAAGCAAUCUCCAAUGAAAAAAUUCAGGGAAUGCAGUCGAAUUUUUGGUGAAGAUGGUCUGACAUUGAAGCUCUUUCUUAAAAGAACUGCUCCCUUUUCUAUUCUAUGGACUUUGACUAAUUACCUGUAUUUACUGGCUUUAAAGAAGCUGACAGCCACAGAUGUCUCUGCUCUGUUCUGUUGUAACAAAGCCUUUGUCUUCUUACUGUCGUGGAUCGUGCUGAAAGACAGGUUCAUGGGAGUGAGGAUAGUUGCUGCAAUAAUGGCAAUCACCGGCAUCGUCAUGAUGGCGUAUGCAGAUAAUUUCCAUGCUGAUUCCAUCAUAGGAGUGGCAUUCGCAGUGGGCUCAGCCUCUACAUCUGCAUUAUAUAAGGUUUUGUUUAAGAUGUUUCUCGGAAGUGCCAACUUUGGUGAAGCGGCACACUUCGUCUCCACGUUGGGUUUCUUCAAUUUAGUCUUCAUCUCCUUCACCCCAGUCAUCCUGUAUUUCACCAAGGUGGAGCACUGGUCCUCGUUUGCAGCUCUGCCGUGGGGCUGUCUCUGUGGCAUGGCAGGGCUGUGGCUGGCCUUCAACAUCCUGGUGAAUGUUGGUGUGGUGCUGACAUACCCAAUCCUCAUCUCCAUUGGGACAGUGCUCAGCGUUCCUGGAAAUGCAGCUGUGGACCUCCUGAAACAGGAGGUGAUAUUCAACGUCGUCCGCCUGGCAGCUACCAUCAUCAUCUGCAUUGGAUUUCUGCUGAUGCUGUUGCCUGAGGAGUGGGAUGAAAUUACCCUGAGAUUCAUCAACAGCCUGAAGGAAAAGAAGAGCGAGGAGCACGUGGAAGACAUCACUGAUCCCAGUGUCCACCUGCGCAGCAGAAGCCGGGCCAACGGGACCGUGUCCAUACCACUGGCUUAAAGAGGGACAUGUUUUGAAUGCACGUGUAUGUAUAUUCUGUGAAUAUAAUAAAAAAAAUUCUCACUACCUGUACACUCAAACGACAGUAUUAACUCUGAAUUUGGAUAAAUCAUAUGUGAAAUAAUGCUGACAGUAAAAGUUUACAUUUAUAUGCUUAUCAAGGAACUGGUAUAAAUAAUCAUAAUAAAUUUUUUAUUAAAACAUUCAUCCUUGUUCUACUUCUUCUGG